CUCUCCCUUUGUGAAAAUUUCCCUUUUUUUUUUUGUAAUUUUUAUCUUCAAUUACUGUCCAUAUUAUAUUAUCCGGUAAGCUGAAGGAUUCCCACUCAUCAGCCGGUUAGGCGGAGGCAGAGGCAGGGGCAGCGACAGCCGGUUGCGGGAAAAGCUUGUGAUGGACCCUUCCAUAGUAAAGCUCCUUGAAGAAGACGAGGACGAGUCUAUGCAUUCUAGAGCCGAUGUUGAGGCUUUCCAGGCCGCGCUGAAUCGAGAUAUUGAAGGCGAUGCGUCUGCUUCCCAGCAGUCUGAUUCAAGUACUGCAGUUUUGUCUCAAGGAAGCGAUCCAUCUACCAGUCAGUCACUUGCACAAUGGCCGACCACGGGGCAAGAUGGAAACACCAACUUUCAAAAUCAACAAGCUCUUCAAAGUGCACAGCAACAACAGCAGGCUUCAUCUGAAACGAAGCAAAAGCAACAGGGAGCUGUUGUGACGGAGAGUCAGCAACAUGUACAACAGCCAAAUGAUGUUCCGCAAGAAUUUAACCGUCUACCACCUCAACAAAAACAAGCCCAAGAUGAUCGUCAACAAGGAGUAGCUGAACAAGUUUCUGCCCAGGUUCCUCAGACGACUGGGAUUCAGACUACUGAAAAAAGUCCUUUACCACAUGAACCAGAGAGAAGCAAUAAUCAAGAGAGUGAAUCACAAUAUGUGAAAUUACAGAAGAUGAGUAAUCAACAGUCCAGUGGGACAGAGCAGCCAAAUAGUCCUAUGAAUCGAGGAAAACAAGUUCCAUUUGCUGUGUUGUUGCCUACCUUACUGCCCCAACUUGAUAAAGACAGAGCCAUGCAGCUUCAUACUCUGUAUGGUAAACUAAAGAAAAAUGAAAUUGCAAAAGAUGGAUUUGUCAGGCACAUGAGAGAUAUUGUAGGAGAUCAGAUGCUGAGGUUGGCAGUUAAUAAGUUACAAAUGCAGAUGAGUUCCAACCAAUUCCCUGCAGCACGGCUGAAUGCUCCACGGAUGCCAUCUGUUGGUAGUGCCACACAGUUUGCUGGUCCACAUUCAUUAGCUCAGCUGCACCAAAAAGGCCCUAAUUCUCCUGCCAACUCAUCUCAUGCCCCCUCUCCAGCAGUCCCCACGCAGACUAAUUCAAGUUAUUUAUCUAUUGAAAACAAGGCUCAAAAAUCUCAAGAGAUGGAUCGCCAAUCAGAUUCUCGCUUUGGAGUGCUAGGAAGCCAAAUUUCUUCCUCCAGUUCAACCACUGUGAAUCAAGAAAGAGAUCGCUCUUCAAUUCCUGUACAAGGAAUUAACAAGCAGCAGCAACAACAUUUGAAUUUCCCACAAACUUCUCUUGCCAUGUACGGGAGUAAUAAUUAUCACCCAUAUUCUGGGUCAAAUGUUAAUAAUUCAGUUUCCUCUCUAAAGCCGCAACCUCAUGAUUCAAAAAUUAGGCAAAUUGCACAUCAUCAAAGCAUGGGAUCAAAUCCUGUAGGAGGACCAACCCAGGCAAUGAACAUGAUGAGUGGGCCUAAACUUGAGAGGCAAAACUCUACUAAUGAUCCAAAUAGAUUGCAGGGUUCAUCUCUUCCUCACUUUUCUAGCAGUUCAGUUCCUUGGCAAGCCUCAUCAAGUAAGGAGCUGAAUCCUGGCCCUUUGUCAUCAGUGACAUAUGUGAAACAGGAAUCUGUUGAUCAAGGCGCUGAUCAGCACAGACCUCUCUUGCCUGCAACCCAAGGGUUGUCUACUGCACUAGCUGAACAGGGAAAUGCAGUUAUAACUACUCCAAAGGACGAGUCUUUAGAGAAGCAGUCUUCUAGAAUUGGCUACACCACGCCUUCCAUCACAACUCAAACGGAUUCUAAUGUCCUGUUGGGCUCUCGGAAUCCAUCUGUGCCCACUCCAGUUGGUGUCAAUGCAAGAACCCCUCAGAAAAAGCCUUCUGUUGGCCAGAAGAAACCACUUGAAGCUCCUGGUUCAUCACCACCUCUGUCAAGUAAGAAGCAAAAAAUGUCUGGAGCCUUUUCAGAUCAGAGCAUUGAACAACUAAAUGAUGUCACUGCUGUCAGCGGAGUCAAUCUCCGGGAAGAGGAGGAGCAACUACUUUCUGGCCCCAAGGAUGAGAGUCGAGUUUCAGAAGCAUCUAGAAGGGUUGUGCAAGAAGAAGAAGAAAGACUUAUUUUGCAGAAAACCCCUUUGCAGAAGAAACUGGCUGAAAUUAUGGCCAAAAGUGGUUUGAAGAAUAUAAGCAAUGAUGUUGAGCGAUGCUUGUCCCUGUGUGUGGAGGAAAGAAUGUGUGGGCUCAUAUGCAAUUUAAUCAGACUGUCGAAACAGCGUGUUGAUGGUGAGAAGCCUAGGCACCGGACUAUUAUCACCUCGGAUGUUCGGCAGCAAAUUAUGAGGAUGAACCGGAAUGCUAGGGAAGAAUGGGAGAAAAAGCAGGCUGAGGCAGAGAAGCUCAGAAAACUUAAUGAACCUGAGGCUGAGACUGCAGUUGAUGGUGACAAGGAGAAAGAUGACAGUCGAGUAAAAGUCGUAAAGGUAAACAAGGAGGACGAUGACAAGAUGAGGACCACUGCUGCAAAUGUUGCUGCACGUGCUGCUGUUGGAGGGGAUGACAUGAUGUCAAAAUGGCAACUUAUGGCUGAGCAAGCCCGCCAAAAACGUGAGGGGGGAAUGGAGGCAGCGACUGGUUCUCAUGCAGGUAAAGAUGUGAACCGCAGGCCUCUAUCUGCAUGUGGAAAAAAUACAAAGGACAAUCAAGAAUCAGAAAAAAGGGGCCUGCUCGGUCCUCUUGCAUCUGGGGCAAGUAGGAAAUUUGGCCGGAACCAAGGUGUCACACCUCAUACUAAAGUGGCUCGUACUAUUUCUGUUAAGGAUGUGAUUGCAGUUCUGGAAAGGGAGCCUCAAAUGUCUAAGUCUACACUUAUUUAUCGCUUGUAUGAAAAAACCCGCUCCGAGCCUACAGCUGAGUGGUCAUGAUGCACCUUUAUACUAUAGUGUCCAUGUUUUCCAUUAGAUAUCUGAUUAUAGAUAAUGGAAUUUGAGAUGUCUAUGACUGUACCUUUAGGAUAAUGGCGGGGAAUUUUAUAAAACAGCUGGAUCAUUGGAAUUUACAGGAUUUUAGAUGCAGUAUUAACCUAAUCUUACUACAUUAACCGGGCUUCAGAACCAUAGGGAGCAGCUGGAUGAUUUCAUGUUUGUUCUUUGGUAAUUGUUAUAUUCUGAAAUUGUUUGUUAAUAAAUAAUGUUUUAAAGGUUGUGCUCUUCUCUUACUAUAAAGAAAUAAGAGAGAAAAGGUAAUUACAGUACUUCAGCUCUCAUUUAUUGAUAUCUUUAAUUUCUGUCUCUGACUGGUUUACUGCUGGUAUGAAAGAAUGUUCAUCUUUGGUUUAGUGCAUUGAAUUAAAAUGGGAAAUCUUCAGUAUCAUCUGUUGUUCCUGAAGGGAAUAUUGACUUAGAUUUAGGAUGGCAACUGGGCAUGUACGAUUAUUUGGAAGCUUUUGAACUGGUUUUGUGAAACCUGCAUAUCAGACUCUCAUACUAGAAUUUUUCUCAAGGGAAUUAGGAGUUUAUGAUUUUGAGUCAUUUAGAAAAAGAAAAUAGGUUUAUAGAAGAGUUAAGGCUCCAAGCCUGGAAUUAAUGGAGAUUGAAAGACAAGAAUCAAGAUGAUGCAGAAGCCUGACACAGCCUGUGAAAUAAUAGGA